AGGGGUCAAUGGGACAUGUAGAGGGAGGGCUGGUCACACAUUGUGGGGGAAGGGAUUGGUGAUAAGAACUGAGAGGCUAGGGGAGGCUUGGGAUGAAUUUUAACUCCACAGAGGGUUUACUUGACUCCUGCUUUGGAAUUCUUUUCCCUAGCUGAGAUAGAUAAAGCUCAGAUCCUUGGGCCUCAUCUUCCCAUAGGGCGGGCUUCAGUUAGCCUGAGAAGACCUCCAUGCCUACUGACUGGUGGGCGGCUAUGACUGGUGAGACUCCUUUCAUGCAGAGGAUCAAGAGUGGCAGGAGACAACCUCUAGAAGACAGACUUUUGUAGAAUCCUUAUCCUCAUUUCUCCCCCCUGCACCUUCUGCUGCCCAGAAUCCCCACGCAGGACAUAAGUUCUCUGCCUGCUUUGUGCCUGUUAGUUUCCACUACACCCUUAUCCUCAGCACAGGAUUCAGGCGUCAACAUGAAUUGUAUCCUAUUAACUUUGCUGAUGGUGACUGGUGUUGUUUCAUAUGUUAGUGAAGACAUGGAAGGGUUCAAUCCUCUUCUCUACUUAUUUUACCUGAGCUCCAGUUAUCAGUCCUGUGUGGGAACUUUGAUUGCCCCUCAGUGGGUGUUGACGGCAGCACACUGCUUUUUACCAGAUCUUCAGAUCAUCUUUUAUGGCAGCUUCAUGAAUCUUCGAGACUUUACUGGGGAGAUCCUACGUUAUGAGAGGAUCUUCAUCCACCCAAACUUCACUGCUACCUCUCCUAAAGAUGACCUCAUGUUGAUAAAGCUGGCUAUACCUUUUACCUUCAUCUCCACAAGGCAUUUACAGUGGCCUACUUUCAAGAAUGCAGUUAAAGAUUGCUUGAUUCACACUUGGUUAGAGAAUAAAUACUUUAUUGGAAAUUCAAACAAUAAUCUGCAAAGCAUCACAAUUCAAAUGAGCUCUAAUAUAAACUGCAAAAAAUUAUUGGGUGAAAAACUCCUAGAAGACAUGUUUUGUAUAGGACCCACACUAGGAAGUCAAGAACCCUGCCAGGUGGUCACAGCUGCACCAGCCUUAUGUGGCCGUGAAUUACAAGGAAUUUUGUCUUGGGGAACUGGAUGUGUUCUAACAGGAUACACUGUUGUCUUCACUGACCUACACAGCUACGUUCCGUGGAUCAAGAACAUUAUGUCUACAAAAUAAGCUGAUAUAGAGCUCCAUUGACACACUUACCUCCCAGCUGAUCCACAGCAAUCAUGCUAUAUAUCUCAGUCCCAGUCUUUCAUAGGAUCUAGAUCUGACUGGAGUUUCAAAAGAGAUCGUUGAUGACUCCUGAGUGUUGGCAUGGCUCUAGUCUCUUUAACUGCUUCUUUGCUUAUUCCUAACUCAUGACUGAAUGUUUAAAAUAUUGAAAACAUGAGUGCUAGUCUCAAGAA